AUGGAGCAUCCACGCUGGACGAGCUCGCGCGUGGCUAAUCGACGCGCCGCGCAGUCGUCCGCUCCUGGUUCCGCUUCCGCUUCCGCACCCGCACGGCCAGGUGCCACGUCCGCGCCGUCAACGAGCGGCACAUCGCAGAGUCGAUGGGCACCCUCCUCCUCCACUUCCACAUGGCGGACACAACAUCCCGCACCAGCAUCCAGCGCCAACAACACCCGCACAUCUGACACUACUGUGGGCUCAUCUAGCUCGCGCUGGGCUAGUCCAUCCGCUUCUUCGGACCACGACAUGGCUGCGCUCACGGCGACACUCGGCAGCACAUCGAUGCGCGACUCUACUCGUCGGGAUGGUCUCCAUGUGCGCGACACCACUCGCCCUUUGGGAGGCAAGACUUUGGACCGGCUGGCGCUGCUAGCGUCUCCGUCGCGCGGCCUCGACUCGUGCGCGUCGAUCUCGAGCGAGCUGGCGUCGCAGGGGAGUAUGGACCUCACCUCUGCGUCUGUUCAGGCCGAACUGCGCGGGUACAUCGGAGACCGACUCACCACACGCGUGCUGCCAUUGCUAUCUGCACACGCGCCGCCACUUUCGGUGCUGGAUUCGACGACGUACCUCGGUGCAGCGCGAGCAAGCGCUGCGGAAAAGACGGCGGCGGAUGAGGAGCUGGGACAACUCAUGCUGCAGACGCGCAAGCUGCGCGAGGCGGUGGUGUCGAGUCAGCGGGUGGACGCUUUUGCAGUCGACGUGUACGAGCUCUCGACGUACAUUGCGCUGCUGUGUGCGGAUGGACCCCAGCUAACGGCUACCCUGCCACGACUUGUCGCAGAGCUGUAUCCUCACGUCGAGCCGCACGACUGCCCUGGUAAAAGCGGUGUGCGCGAGCUGGCAACGAGGCUGGGAUUGGAGAUGUACGAUGCAGCCGAGCGGCGGAUGAGGAUGUGCUCGGUGUAUUUGCUCUAUGUGCUGUGUCUGUCCGGCCGCGCGGUGCGGUUGGGACAGUACGCAAACGAUGCAGCGGGGGGAACGCAGCAUGGACUGCGCGAGUACAGGCUACUGCGCACAAAACUCCUAGCUCAAUGUGCUGACUUGGAGCCGCACGUGCGAUUCUGCGAUCGGGUGUAUACGGCAUUGCGCGCGGCGGACCCGCUGCAGCUCGCAGCGAUACUCCGCGGAAACGGGAACGAUGCAGAGUACACGAUGGAUGGAUGGCAGAGGUUGUUGGUGCUGCAUGCUGUACCUGGCGUGCGUGCUGCGGCAUGGCAAGUCGCCACCAAGGCGUACACGUACCUUCCCAUCUCCCCAACCUUGGCGAGUUUGAUAAGUCAAGACACGACACGCCGGACGACUGGGAUACGGACACGCAACCUUCCCCCGCCGAAGAGGAUGCUCGUGUCCAUCGCUUCCUCACAUCCCACAUCCCCACGCUUGCAUCACGUCUAA